GCUCUUCGUCAUUUGACGACUUUGAGCCCCGAGAGGCUCGAUUGACAGCCGCAGCCGUGCAGAAGCGAGUACACGAUUGUGAUCUUCAGCUUGUAGCUCCAGUCUCCUUUAGCAGGUUCGAUGUCCGCUGCCAUGAUGCAGUCAGACUCCACUGCCGAGUCCUCUAGAAGUGGUCGACGACGAUCCUGUUUUCGGCCCUGUAUCGAUUUGCAUGGAGGGGUGGUCAAGCAGAUUGUAGGAGGUACAUUGGACCUGACUGAAGAUGGGAAAGGGGAAGGACCCAAAGAAAACUUUGUAGCCAAGCAUCCGCCGUCAUACUAUGCGGAUCUGUAUCGCGCUCACGACCUUCGCGGAGGUCAUAUCAUAAAGCUUGGACCUGGGAAUGAUGAAGCUGCUCGAGAAGCGCUGAAAGCUUGGCCUGACGGAAUGCAAGUUGGAGGAGGAAUGAAUGAGGAGAACGCGGAAGACUGGUUGAAUGCAGGUGCCGAGAAGGUCAUCGUCACUAGCUGGUUGUUUCCCAAUGCUACUUGCGAUAUGGACAGGCUGAGGCGAUUAUCCAAGAAGAUUGGCAAGGAUCGCUUAGUGGUUGACAUUUCGUGCCGCCGACGGGAUAAGGAAUGGAUUGUCGCGAUGAACGGAUGGAAGACUUUGACAGAUAUGAAAGUGAACCGGGAAAACAUACAGCAGAUUGAAGAGUACUGUUCAGAGUUAUUGAUACAUGCUGCGGACGUGGAAGGACUUUGCCAAGGGAUAGAUGAGGAGCUUGUACAGCGACUUGGAGAAUGGGUCAGUAUACCCUGCACCUACGCCGGAGGGGCAAAGGGUAAGUCCCGAGGACGCUUGAGCAUGCCACCUUCUCUUCUGAUGGAUCCUCCAGACCUUUCGGAUCUUGCUUUGGUCGAUAAACUUUCCAAUGGCAAAGUCGAUCUAACGUUUGGCUCGUAUGUCGAUUGCCUCACCGGUCGCGCUUACAGAAUCCUCUAGAUCCCUUGACAUCUUCGGAGGCGCAGGUGUUAAAUUUGAUGAAUUGGUCAAAGCGGAUGAGGCUGCUAGAGCCUUCUCUAAGCAUGACUGAUAGACAGAUCUCAGAUGCACAA